AUGGCGUUGAAUUUCCCUUUCCCUUCACCACUGAAUCUACCUAUCCCACGUCGGUUCGUGGUACUGAUACUAUCAGGUAGUAUCCUAGUCCUCUUCCUACACACCUUCGCCCCUUCCACAUUACCUCCAGCACUCACACCGAACCUACCACAUCAUGAGCCCGAUGCUUCCUACUUCUCACCUUCCAAAUGGUUACCACCUAUUCUAAACCCCAACACUCCCUCGCGUCCAGUCGAAUUCGACGAAGAUGGACAGUGUCUCUUCCUCUCUCCCUACGACGCAUUAUCGCCCAACGAAAAGAAACGAGCAGAGAUGUUAGUAUUGGAAAGUGUCAGUCCUGGAAUAGUCAAAUCGCAUAAACCACCUUCAGAAGGUAAUGAUUACGAUCCAGAUUUCGAUGAUGAGUUCUCUGCUUUGUCGAACGAAACGAAAUCACAGCCUUCCGGAUUGACCCAUCCGAUCUUAGGGUUGUUGAGGGAAGGAGAGAUGAAAUGGAAUUCAAUGUUGGCUAGACAAUCUCAAUCUUUAGAACAGGCUGUGAAGGUGUAUAAGGAUAAAUGGAACAGAAAUCCACCAAAAGGUUUCGAUGAAUGGUGGCAUUUCGCUGAAAACAACAAUGUCCUACUGCCUGAUGAAUACGAUGCGAUCAUGGAUUCACUACUACCAUUUUACGGUCUCCCUAUCAAAACUCUGCAAGAACGAUUAGAGGAAACUGAAAAGAUCCAAGAAACAUUCACGCUGAUCGUACACGAUGGUAAAGUAGAAUUGCAGUGGAAUGACGACUAUUCAAGAGACACAUGGUGGGCUAGUAGACCUAGAGCAGACUCGCAGAUCAAUUUGUUGGAACCUUUUAUCAAGCAUAUUGGAGCUUUUAGAGCAACCUUCACCAUUCACGAUCAACCUUCUAUCUUACUUGAUCAUGCUCGACAAGAAGAAUUGAUAAACGCAGCUAAGAGCGGUAAAAUCUCGAACCACCCUAAUGAGAAUGAUAGGUUCGAACAGGAUUGGAGUAAAGCUUGUGCUAAGGACAGUCCAUUGAAUAGAGGGGAACAAGAACUACCCGCCGCCGACACGUUCAUCAACGCUCAUGGAGCCGCCAUGGAUAUCUGUCAGCAUCCUUCGUACAUGGAGAACCACGGGAUGUUACUGGAAGAGCACAACUCGGAAACGCACCCUAAACCACAUACCAAACUGUAUCCUAUCCUAGUACCCUCCAAAACUAUGUUGAAUGGUGAUAUACCAGUUACGCCGAUAGGCCGAGAUGGGAGGAGAGACGAUGUUGGACCUGAUCCAGAGUGGAGUAGGAAGAGUGGAAAGUUGUAUUGGAGAGGUCUAGCAACGGGAUUAAACCACGAUAAGAAGAAAGGAUCCAAAUGGCGUCAAUCACACAGGGAGAGAUUACAUUUCCUAGCCAACGAUAAAUCAGAUUCUUACACCGAGGUGUUAGCUCCAGUCGGUUCCACUGGAGAAGCCGAGUUAUCGAGAUUGCCCCUGAAGGAAUUAGGAGAAUAUUAUAUGGAUGUCAAACUUGCUGGAGGACAUUGGCAGUGUGAUUGGGAUGAUGGGACUUGCGAUGAGAUGGAGAAGGAAAUUGAAUUUGCAGGGAAGGAUAAUGCGGAGAGAAGUAAUGAUUUCAAAUAUGUCUUCGAUACCGACGGGAACGCUUGGUCAUCACGAUUCCCUCGAUUGAUGGCUAGUAACAACGUUGUGGUCAAAGCAACUGUCUUCCCAGAAUGGAACACCAAGUCGUUACCCGAAUGGUACGCUUACGUGCCAUCCAAGAUGGAUUACUCGGAUUUGUUCUCGAUUAUGUCUUUCUUCCGAGGUACACCGUCGGGACGAGGUGCGCACGACGAAGUAGCUAGGCGAAUAGCGUUGAACGGACAGUGUUGGGUCGAAAGGACAUGGAGGAGAGAAGAUCUACAAGCAUACAUGUUCAGGCUGUACCUUGAAUAUGCGAGAUUGGUCUCACCCGAUAGAGAUAACGGUAAGAUGGAUUUCAUAUUACCUGGACAACAUUCCAACACGCACCCGGUCGUAGCGGAUAAAGCGGGAGAAGCACAUGUACCUGUAGCUGCCCAGGUGGUACCUCCGAUGGUGGACGAGUAG